AUGCAGACCGAAGAACAGACCAUGUGGAUGUGGAAGGGGAAUUUCCGAGUGGGAGGAGAUCGCCUUGAGCGAAAAAGCAAGCGCCGGCAUCCAUGGACGGAAUACGGAGCAUAUUUUGAGGUAAAUCCCAAAAAAAUUGUCCUUGCUGAUGAUUUGAUGAAAAGGGGAGAGAGUAAACGGUACACGUACUCCGUCCGGAAAACGCCACUGAGCCCUCUCUGGAGAAAUGGGUGGCUCUUGAUCUUCUUCGACCCAAGAAAAGUUAUCUCCCGCUCCCCCUUUGCGGUGGACAUGAACUUUGGGCCUGCCUGCUGGAGCAGUUCGUGGAACCGUGAAGCCAAUCAGUGCCCUGCCGGCCUGGGGAAAGGCGUCGUAUUCUUUGCUGCUGACCGGUUGUAA